UGAACACCAGCAGACCUUAUGAUACAGUACUGUAUUACUGUAUGACACUCCCACGAAGUCCUCGAGCACCGGCCACUUGAGCCCGUGCCAGAUAUCCCUAGUCUACCGGUAUCACACCUCACUCGAUGUGACGGGGGCCUUAGCAUACGGUACGGUAGUUACCCUCCUGCUCCCUUACGGUAGUCGGAAGGUUACAACUCCCUGGACUCUACGUGCCACCUCUCCCCGCCUCCUUGUGCGUCCCUGCAACCUAAAGUUAUCUCCCUCUCAUCGCCCCGAUCAAAGUAGCAUCACCCUGUCGCACCUGCCUCUCCUUCGUUCCCAAUAACCAACUGGCCCGAUAUUCGCUUCUUAAUUUGCGUUGCCUCAGUCCAACUCUCUUUCACUUCUUUCUUAAUCCGGCAAUGGCAUCCUCGUCCUCGCGUGCCUAUCAUACCUCUACAGAGUCUACAAGGCGGGGUCAUCGAACUGAUGGCAGCUCCAGGGCCCGUGCAAGGGAGAGAGCAGCAGAGACUACUAAUUCACCGCCGCCCUCGGCAAGUGCAAGAAGGCCGGUGACCCGGGGGAGCUUCUCCUCCACUGUCAUCGGCGAUAAACGGAUUACCGAGAGAUCACAUGUAACAGAAACUACCUCCCGCGGUGUUCGUACGAAGUCUCCCAACCGUGAUGAGAAGGCCGGAUCGAAACCUGAUUCAUUUUCCGCAGGAGUGGGGGCGGCUCUCAGCCGUAUUAAUUCUCCUAGUACGCAACUGAAUGCCCUUAAUUCCAAUAUAGCUUCUAAAAUGAUUGAUGAAAAGCUUACGGUAGACAUUAACAACCAACUUCAGCUGCCUGGAACCCUGAGGCUACGCUAAUACCCCCCACUACUGCCCCGCUCGCGUCUCGUAUCUCCAUCGCCCCUUUAGCAUCCCAACUACCUACCUCCUGUUUCCCCCCAGCUUUAGAUGAGAUGACCCUUGGCCUCCAGGAAGCUUCAAUUCUCGAGGACCUGUUGUUUGUCUUCAUGGUGAGCACAACCCCGAACAUACCGCCUGAUCCCCUUGUUGAAGACCUCUGCAGGGUUACGAAGGGCAAUACAUCAGAUUCCGUAGUGAUUAUAACCCAGCCUCCGAAAGCGACCGGCUCGCUGGACCGCAAUUCAAGAUCCUGCCUGGAUUGGAUCCCUCUUUACGAGACCUCACCAACACAAUGUUGAAGAUGGCCACUCAUUAUGGCGCCGUGGAAGCUUUCGCGGAAGUACACUCCCGUGAAGAGUUCGGUGCCGUAAACCAUGCACUCUGUUCCUCCAUCCGCAAGCUCCUAAAGGAAUAUCUAGUCUUAAUUGCCCAGCUUGAACAUCAAUUCCUCACCAGUCCUUCGUUCACACUACAUGUUUUGCAUCUACGUACAUUGCCGACAAGCCACAUGAUGUUCCAAUUAUACUCCCUUGCCCGCGAGAUGCUUCGACGCAACUCAAUGCUGGAAGACGAUCUCGAAGAUUCAGUAGACGAUCUUGAUAUGGAAAAUAUACUCGAAUCUCUACGGGAAGGGGGUGACAUUGUUGGCAGUAGAGGUGUUCCUGGCUCCAAGAUUUGUAAAGGCGGCUCUGUGUUGGGGCUUUUAACGCUCCGGCUGGCGUCUAUGGCGGGGGACCCUGCUGCGAGGUCGCUCCUGAGUUUGCUUCUCCGUGAGGCUUCCCGGCCGUAUAUGAAUAUGCUCAAUGAAUGGCUUCACCAUGGAAUGAUCAGAGAUCCACAUGCCGAAUUCCUAAUCAAGGAGCAAAAAAGCAUACGACGCGAGAGACUCGAAGAAGACUAUACAGAUGAAUACUGGGAGAAGAGGUAUACAAUCAGGGAUGGCGAUGUUCCUCCGCAGCUUGAAGGUGUCAAGGAGAAGGUCCUACUGGCCGGCAAAUAUCUCAACGUGGUUAGGGAAUGUGGAGGAGUAGACGUAAGUAAAGACGUUGGGGAUGUACCCAAAAGCUUCGAAGACAUCCGGUUCGUUCACCUCGCCAUCCCUGUCACAUCCAAGACUUUCAAUUGACUUUCAGCGCACCUUAGAUUUCUCGACAAUGUGAACUCGGCGUACGCCCAUGCUAAUGAAUCUUUGCUCAACUUGCUGCUAACGACACACGCUCUGCCUGCCCGGCUGCGCUCCUUAAAACACUACUUUUUCUUGGAUCGAUCAGACUUUUUUUCGUAUUUUUUGGAACUUGGUGCCACCGAACUCCAGAAACAGGCGAAAAAAGUUAAUGUUGGAAAACUCCAGUCACUCCUAGACCUCGCUCUUCGCCAGCCGGGUUCUAUCGCUGCCAGCGAUCCCUUCAAGGAGGAUGUAAAGGUCCAGAUGAAUGAGGUCGGGCUCACUAAAUGGCUCAUGCGAGUGGUUUCGGUGAGUGGGAUUGACGAGGGCGCAACAACCUUUGAGGAGUCGCAUCGGACUCCAGCAGUUUCUUCCAUUGAAGAUGAUAAAUCGGUCAUCGGCUUCAAUGCCCUGGAGCUCGACUAUAGCGUACCCUUCCCCUUGUCUCUUGUCAUAUCCCGCAAAACUGUUCUUCGCUACCAACUCUUAUUUCGCUAUUUGCUCUCUCUCCGUCACCUUGAGACCCUCUUGGUCCAAGCUUGGCAAGAUCAUAACACAUUGUACACUUGGAAGCAUAAAUCCAAAUAUCCCCAAGUGGAGCUGUGGAAGCGCAGGGCAUGGACACUCAGGGCUAGGAUGCUCGUGUUUGUCCAACAAUUGCUCUAUUUCUGCACAAGCGAGGUUGUUGAACCAAAUUGGAAUGGACUCAUGAAGCGUCUGGAGGAGGUCCGGACUGUUGAUGAGCUCAUGCAAGAUCACGUGGAUUUUCUUGAUACAUGUUUGAAAGAGUGCAUGUUGACGAACUCCAAACUACUCAAGGUAUGUGAUCUUUUCGUCUACGCUCGUACCCACUCCCCCGGGGAUCCAAUACUACUCACAUGGUUCUGUCUAACUCCAUCGCCCAGAUACACGCAAAAAUAAUGAUGACGUGCACGAUGUUUGCCUCUUAUACCUCCCACCUGUCAAAGGCUCUCAUUACCGCCGAUCCAGACCUUGCUUCCCCAUCUGCCAAGUAUAUGGGUAAUGAAGAUGCUGCAUUUGACCAAGUCAGAUUAGACAAACUCAGCGACAACUUGUCCAAAUACGAGGAGAACUUCUCCAGGCAUCUCAAGAUAUUGCUGGAUGCCCUCAAUUACUACGCUGCUACUGAGACAGUGGUAUUGUUAGGACUCUGUGCUAGGCUAAGCACUGCGAGCAACGAUGCCGACACUCAGGGUUUGGUGAUGACAGGAUAAAGGUCCACCCAUGACUAUCGGAUAGGCAUAGAAUAUUCAGUCAAAAAUAGCGGAAUCCCGACAAACCCUCUUCCCUCAUAUGCCUCGUUGUGCAAACCCAAACCGCGAGAAACUCAAAUUGCAGACUUGAUACCGACUUAUCCGCAAUCUGUAUGCAGCACAAUAGUUCUAUGACGAUUGCCCAUAUCUGAAUUUCCUAGAUGUAAAUAAUCCAACACUUCUAAUACAUGGGUAGCAGCUAUUGGUCCAAGCA